AUGACCUCUUCAGGUUCUGUGCAGCCCGUGCAGGUUCCAUACAGCCCUGUGAUUGCUUGUCCUCUGCAGGACAGUCAGACUCUCAGUUUCUCUCUCCUACUGGGAUUAUUUAAUACACCAGAAAAGAACAAUAGAAUGACAGAUGUGCAGGAAGAGGACGGAUACACCAUUUUAAACCAUCCAUACCAAAAUCCAAUGAACAUUGACAUACGUCCAUGCAACAACCAAGGGCUCUCUGCUCCUGUCUUCACAUGGCGUCCAGUUGCCCUGACUUUGUUCACACUGUGCCUGGUGCUGGUCAUAGGACUGAUGGCCACGUUUUUCCAUGUUUCCAAGACCUAUAAGGAGGGAAGGUGGAUGCAAGAAAUGCGAGAGCGUUUGUGUUUGGAAGGGGAGGAGCACAAUAAGAAUAAUGGACCAAUAUGUACACUCUGCCCCACAAACUGGCAAUGGGCAGGAGGCAACAUCUGUUUCUACAUUUCAAACCGGAAGGAGACCUGGCAGCAUAGUCAGGAGUUCUGUUCCUCGCAGAAUGCCACCCUUUUCAUGCUGAAAGAGAAGAAGAAUCUGGAGUAUGUACCUCAAAUCGAUAAAAAACAAUAUUACUGGAUAGGGUUAUCAUAUAAACCUGAUGGCUGGUUUUGGGUAGAUAACACAGCUCUUUCUACAAAGAGAAGGGACUGGAUUGUUUUGUCCUAUGGUGAAAACUGUGCAUAUCUGUACUAUCAUCAUUUGAAAGUUUAUAACAGUAAGAACUGUAAUGUAAAGUACCCCUGGAUCUGUGAGAAGGCAGCUGUCCAGAUGACCUAAAGAGACAAUCAGCUGAAGAAACACUGGAAGAGCAUCAAUGAGUUCUGCUUUCAGUGGUAGUCGUGUUAGUCUGUAUCAGCAAAAUGCAAAAAAACACAGCUACCACUGAAACCUGUCACCAUGCAAGGCACUGAAUUUAGCCGUAUGAAGUGGAAAUCCAUCAGCUUCAUGAAAAAACUCAUCACACAAGGACUCCUGUUUUUUUUUCAAUGAGUUCUGAUUUUCUUCUGCAGCUUUCACAAAAUGACGGUUCACAGUGAUAUUUAAAUAGAGCCAAAACCAGAACCCUUGCUUGCUUACUUGCAAAUUAAGAAACAGAAACAUGCCUAGGAAGUCUCUGGCAGAUAUAAGGUACCAGCAGUAUCAAACAGCUACUGACACACACGAGAGAGAAGGUUCAUGCACAGUAAAUCUAGUUCUGAAAUGUGUAACUGUUGCAGAAGUGAAACAAAUAACUUCAGACAAAAAAUAAGGUUACAGGAAUUAGACAUGAAAAAGACCUAUGUGACCACCUAUUGUCAAUCCCUGGGAACUCACUACAUAUCUGUUCACUACAGUAUAUUCUCCAAGGCUUUAUCUGGUCUAUUUUAAAUGAUUCAAGUGAUGAGACUAUCACUGCUUCCAUUUGGGAGGACAUACAACCUUCUAAUAGAUCUCAGUGUUAAAUAUUUCCUGAUACUUCAUCUUCAUUUUCAUCACACUUACUCCUAGUUACUGUAUAACUCUUCAGUGACCCAAAGCAACUCAUCUUCCACCUUCUACUCUUCAGAGACUUGUGCAAGAUUAUUGUAGCCCUUUGGGUUCUUAGUCAUUACUUGGCUCUGCAUCAUUUCCUCAUAGUUCAGUUCUUCCAGCCUCUUGAUCAUUUUGUGUAGCAUGGGGCUGUAAAAAGUGCUCUACAUUCCAAUUCCAUAUGAUUACCUCUUUACUGAGGUAAUAUCAUUUUAAUACAGUGCCUAGGAACUCUCUGGCACUCGCUGGCAACAGACAUUAGAGUCAAAUACUGCAGUUAAAUUUUUGAAAGGAGUGGGUUAUUAUGUACAGAAUAAGUUUUGUAGUUAUGCCAGGGAAGAUGAGGAUAAUCAUUAGAUUUCUGCUAUGAGCUCGACUUGGCAUUACACCUAAAAAACCCUGAUACAGAACACAUGGCCUCUUAAUUAACAAUGCUCCUAAUAUAGAGCAUGUUACCCCUGAGUAAGAGAAGCCUUUUCUGAAGGGGCAUGUGGAGGUCGGGUGAUCCUGUAGAGGGUUAGGAAAAAUAUUAAUUUCUGAUGGUGGGGCAGCUGAAUGUUUGUCUGUAUCUUUGUAAUACACACAUACCUUGAUUUUUAGACGGAUGUCUUUUAUAACUCCAAAUAAAUUAUACCUUGUACUUCUAUGGCACCUUUCAUCAAAAGAUCUCAAAGCACUUUAUACAUGUGAAUGAAUGGCGCCUCAUGACAUCCACGUGUGAUACUGUAAAAGUUGAUACCAGAUACCACAGUAACAGAUCUCAGAUUUAAACGGAAGUCUACUUGUGAUGGCGUUUUCAGUGAGGGGAACUUACCUCUGCAACACAGUCCCUGGAUUUGUUUCAAGGAAUCUCUAUGUUCUUAGGUUUAUCCUGGGGGAAUGUGUUAAUUGGGUGAAGUAGAAGAGAGAUUUUUGAGGCAUUUGUAUGAUUUUUGGAUGUACAUUGUCCUUUGGAAGUUUUAUGUAAUUUAUUUCAAACCCAUUUAUGUACUCAAAGCUCUACUGGUACAAAUACAUUAAAAAUGAGGUGUCUGAAUGCAAUGUUCCAAGUGCAGUGUCACCUGAACCACAUAGAAAAUUACUGUCACAUCCCUGUCUGUGACAUGACACCUCAAAGUAUGAAGCCCUAAACUACAAUGGCCUUUGGGGUAUCAUUAGGGUGAUCAAAUAGCAAACAUGAAAAAUCAGUACAGGGGGUGGGAGGAAAUAGGUGCCUAUAUAAGAAAAAGUCCCAAAUAUUGAGCCUGUCCCUACACAAUUGGGACAUCUGGUCACCCUAGCUAUCAUAUCAUGUGGCAAAUUCAUAUCUAAUUGACUGUC